ACCAAUGGUAGUAGAAAGGCGGGCAUGUGCAUGAUUGGCGGCUAGAUUUCUCCAUUGAAAACUGGGGGCGUGGGUGGGCGGAGCCGGAAGUAGAGCCAGACGAGAGGCCCCAGUCCACCAGGGGCGGAGAGAAGGGGGAGGGAACUAGAGGAGGAGGAGGUUAGCCGAGGCUGCUACAGCGGCGGCGGCGGCGGCGCAGGGGCUGGUACGCGCUGGGCGGCGAGAGCCUCAUGGCGGAGGAAGAGAGCGACCAAGAGGCCGAACGCCUCGGAGAAGAGCUCGUGGCCAUUGUGGAGUCCCCGCCAGGCCCUGCGGGGCUUGGAGUUGCGGGCGACGGCAACGACGGCACUGGCGGCAGCAGCUGCGGUGGCGGCGUCGUCGGGAUCAGCAGUCGGGAUUACUGCCGACGCUUCUGUCAGGUGGUUGAAGAUUAUGCUGGAAGAUGGCAAGUCCCUUUGCCGCAACUUCAAGUUCUUCAGACUGCACUUUCCUGUUUUACAUCAGCCAGUGCAUCAUUCCCAGAUGAAUGUGAGCACGUACAAUAUGUGUUAAGUAGCCUUGCCUUGAGUUUCUUUGAGUUGCUGCUUUUUUUUGGAAGAGAUGAGUUUUAUGAAGAGCCCUUAAAGGAUAUUCUUGGAUCAUUCCAGGAAUGCCAGAAUCACCUCCGCAGAUAUGGAAAUGUGAAUCUGGAACUGGUGACUCGAAUCAUUAGAGAUGGUGGCCCAUGGGAAGAUCCAGUGUUGCAAGCUGUUCUUAAAGCCCAGCCAGCAUCUCAGGAGAUAGUGAACAAAUACUUAAGUUCGGAAAAUCCACUAUUCUUUGAACUACGUGCCAGAUACCUAAUUGCUUGUGAACGCAUACCCGAAGCAAUGGCUCUUAUUAAAUCUUGUAUAAAUCACCCAGAAAUCAGCAAAGACUUGUAUUUCCAUCAAGCACUCUUCACAUGUCUAUUUAUGUCACCUGUAGAAGAACAGCUAUUCCGGGAGCAUUUAUUGAAAACUGAUUGUAAGAGUGGAAUUGAUAUCAUCUGUAACACUGAAAAAGAAGGCAAGACUAUGUUAGCCUUACAACUCUGUGAAUCUUUUCUUAUUUCACAGCUCCAGAAUGGGGAUAUGUAUUGUAUCUGGGAGUUGAUUUUCAUAUGGAGUAAACUUCAGCUUAAGUCUAAUCCUUCAAAACAAGUUUUUGUAGAUCAAUGCUACCAGCUUUUAAGAACAGCAACUAAUGUGAGAGUCAUAUUUCCUUUCAUGAAAAUCAUUAAAGAUGAGGUUGAAGAAGAAGGCUUACAAAUUUGUGUUGAAAUAUGUGGUUGUGCUCUACAACUAGACCUUCAUGAUGAUCCCAAAACUAAGUGUCUAAUUUAUAAAACAAUUGCACAUUUCUUGCCAAAUGAUUUGGAGAUCCUCAGGAUUUGUGCACUCUCAAUAUUUUUUCUUGAACGCUCCUUGGAAGCUUAUCACACUGUUGAAGAGCUUUACAAAUGUCCAGAUGAAGAAUAUAAUGAAGGCACCAGUAGUGUUCAAAAUCGUGUUCGUUUUGAAUUACUUCCAAUUUUGAAAAAGGGAUUGUUUUUUGAUCCUGAAUUCUGGAACUUCGUAAUGAUUAAGAAAAACUGUGUAGCAUUACUGAGUGAUAAAUCAGCAAUCAAAUUUCUAAAUGAAAAUACACUGGAAAAUUCUAUAGGUAAUCUAAAAAAGACAUUGGAACAGAAAGGUUUAGAUGAAGGUGUUGACUCUUUUACAGAUCAGAGCACUGGAGAGCUUGAUCCUGAUGAUAUAUCUGGAGUACAACCUAAAGGCCAUGUUAACACAAAGAAAAACCUUACUGCUCUUAACACUUCUAAAGUAGACCACAGUGUCCCAAGGCAUCGGUGUAUGUUAUGUAAUAAGGAAUUUCUAGGCGGUCACAUUGUAAGGCAUGCCCAGGCUCAUCAGAAAAAGGGCAGUUUUUCCUGUGUUAUAUGUGGUAGGAAAUUUAGAAACAGAGGACUUAUGCAGAAGCAUUUAAAAAAUCAUGUUAAAAAAAUACAAAGACAUCAAAUUACUGUAGCUCAACAGGAGGAUCAGGAAACUCCUGCUUUGGAAGAAAUAAACUUUUCCAAUUCUUCAAUUUCAUUUGAAAACGGAGAUUUCGAUAAUAAAGAGUUGGAAAUACCGACUAUUAAUACUUCCAAUGAUGGAAACGAAGCAGUCAUCCCUGAGCAUGUGGCUGAAUUCACUGAAAUUCCCAUAAGUGUAUCAGAAGAUGUCAUUGAAAACAUUGAAAAUGGCAGUCCUGACACUUAUAUAAAUAAUGUAUUGGAACCUUUAACUGUAUGUGAGGAUGAUUACGAGGAGGAAGAGGAUGAAGAAGGUGAUUAUGAAGAAGAUGAUUAUGACCUGAAUCAAGAAACUCCAGCACUUCAUAAAAUUAAUGGAACUUUGUGCCAUCCAAAAGACAUAUAUGAUAUAGAUCAAAAAGGAAACUUUAAGUGCCCUGCUCUUGGUUGUGUUAGGAUAUUUAAAAGAAUUGGAUUUCUCAAUAAACAUGCAAGGACUGCACAUCCAACUGACUUAAAUGUGCGGCAAACGGUAAUGAAGUGGAGCAAAGGAAAAUGCAAAUUCUGUCAAAGGCAGUUUGAAGAUUCUCAGCAUUUUAUAGAUCACCUUAAUAGACACAGCUAUCCAAAUGUGUACUUUUGUUUGCAUUUUAAUUGCAAUGAGUCGUUUAAGCUGCCAUUCCAGCUUGCUCAGCACACAAAAAGUCACAGGAUAUUUCAGGCCCAGUGUAGUUUUCCAGAAUGCCAUGAGCUUUUUGAAGAUCUUCCUCUGUUAUAUGAACAUGAAGCUCAGCACUAUUUAAGUAAAACACCGGAAUCAUCUGCACAACCAAGAGAAGCAAUUGCUUGGGAUGUUCUUACAGACUCAAAUAACAGUUAUCAGGAAAAAGACUCAUCUAGUAAUGAGAAACAAGCUAUUAGCCUGCCAGUUUGUACUAGCAAAUCAAGGAAAGAUUCUACAGAACCAAAGACAUGUAUAGACAGUAUGGAAAAGAAGACAGACAGUUUAGUUCAGAAUGGAAAUGAACAUUCUGAUGACACUGUUUCUGAUAUAAGCUUGACAGACCAAAAGAUGCCUGACCUAGAGCCAAAUUCUGAAAAUAAUUGUAGUAUUAUCGAUUUAGUCAAUGGACACGGUGGAAUAGAACAGACAUCUUUAGUUUCAUCAGGUUCUGCUUUGAAAAUUGAUACAAAUAGAAUCAGAACAGAAAAUGGUUCCAUUUUACCCAAUGUUGUAUCACAAGAACACAGUACCCUGCCAGUAUCUCAGGCACCAUCCAAACCAAAUAUGAUGAGCGAACAUACUUCAUAUGGCUUAAUUUUAUCAAAGCCAUAUGUCAGACCAUUGCCUCCCAGUUACCUUGAUGAACGGUACCUUAGUAUGCCAAAACGCAGAAAAUUUCUGACUGAUAGAAUAGAUGCCUGUUCUGAUCAAGAUAACAUUUGUAAAAAAUCAGUGAAAAGAUUAAGAUGUGGCAAAUGCCUGACCACCUACUGUAAUGCAGAAGCACUUGAGGCUCACCGUGCACAAAAGAAAUGUCAGGCACUCUUUGGAUUUGAUUCAGAUGAUGAAAGUGCCUGAUAAAAAUGUAUCAGAAAGAUCUGUCGAUCAAGCAGUAGUGUGAAAAAAGCACUACAAGAAAAUGCAUCAUCAGUUUGCUAUUUCCCUGACGGCCUUAAUUUUAGAGUGGUCUAGGAUUAGUUAAAGACAAAGCACAUUGUCUAGAAUGAACUCACAGAGAUGUGCUAGUUCAGAUUCCAAAAGGGUUAUUACAAAACUCCCAAAGUACCAGUUAUCCAGAAAACCACAUUUAAAAAAAAAAGUUCAUGAGAUUAAUAGCAGCACGUUCAGUUUCGCUUAAGUGAGAAACUUGUUCAGGCAACUAGUCAGAAAGAGAAACCAGCUAUGGCCUUACAGAAAGGGAGUUAACCCAUUUAAAAAGGGGGAGGGGUUGGUUUACAAUAAACAACUUAAAGUAUUCUACAAAUGGGAUGGUUUACUUGUCAUGUAUAAUCAGAUUUUGACCUCCCUUCUGACCAAACAUGGCUUAAGGAAUCACUACUAGGUUUAUUAUAAUUUAGAAACUGAUACAUGAAAAUAAAACUUGAUUUAUCACUGUUCUAUCCAUAAAAGAUUGUAACUUGUUUCCAGAUGAUUGAAUAGACAGGUCAAAGUUCAAUAUAUGGCAUGCCAGUAUUUAAAAGUAAAAAAACAAAAGACAAAACAGUGCUUUGCUGGAACCUUCCACUUUCCAUUUUUGUGAUACCAAUGAAUUAUAAAGGCAGCAGUGUCAAUUAAAUAGAAAAAGUACCAUUGGUAACUUUGGGGAUAGAUGGGAGGAAUUUUAAGACCAUUAAAGGCUAUCUAGUUGGUGGAAAACACUGAAUUGCAAAUUCCUCAAUGUGAAUAAUGGUAUAAGCACACUGGGAUAUUUCUAUUUGUAUAUAGAGUAGUGUUGGGACAUUGCUUGAUGAUUCAUAGUAAGGUCCUUUAGACAUUAAUGUGAGUUAUCUAAGUACAGUCCUAUAAAAACUGGCUGUAAAAAAUAUGUAAGCUAAGAAUCAGGUCAAGAACUCAUUGGUUUUAUUCAUUUAGAAUAGUUAGUUAUAAAAUAAGCCAUACUACUCAUGCUUUCUUAUUUAUUAGUGAUAGAUUUGGUCUGAUUGAUUUUUAUAUAUAUAUGAAAGGAAAUAUUUACAUAAAAAUUUGCACAGCAAGAACACAGUAAGAUAUAUUGAUGCAUUUAUUUUCCUUGAUGACCAGUAAUUUUCCUAAGGAAGAUUUUAACUUAAUAAAUUAAUACAAAAAAUGUUUUAAAAAUACCCUCUCAGAUGUGUUCUACUUGUACAUUCUCUAAAAGAGGAAGGCUAAAGACCUUUUAUCUAAUAAUGUGUUAAUCUAUAGCAGGGAUAAAAUGAAAAAUGCAAAGGCAAAUUCUUCAAAAACUGGGCUAGUAAUGUACCAAUGUCAACCAAAUAAAUAUUCCAGUAUUCCGACACAUUUUUGUUCAAAGCAGAUAAUCUGAUCAGAGCCUAAUAUAUCCAUAUAUUUUGAAUAUUAAACUUUGGCAUAUUAAAGUUUCUUGAAUGAAGUUACCAAGCAAGUGGAACAUUUCUUCCAGGGCAUCAUCUAGACCAGUGAUGGCAAACCUAUGACACGCGUGUCAGAGGUGACACGCGAACUCAUUUUUUUUGGUUGAUUUUUCUUUGUUAAAUGGCAUUUAAACAUAUAAAACAAAUAUCAAAAAUAUAAACCUUUGUUUUACUAUGGUUGCAAAUAUAAAAAAAUUUCUACGUGACAAGGCACCAGUGUUAAGUUAGGGUUUUUCAAAAUGCUGACACGCCGAGCUCAAAAGGUUCGCCAUCACUGAGCUAGACUAUUGAAUUAAGAUUUCCAAGUCACAAUAGAUCAUGGUAGGUCAAAUAUCUAAAAAAUUUCCCAAUUUUAUUAGCUUAGUUAUCAUGUGCAUUCACUACUAUACAAUUGACAGUCAUAAAUCCAUUCCAAUAAAAUUUAGGUUUUUUGUUUUUUAAUUUUAUUUUUAUUGUAGCCUACAUUAGGCUGUGGAAUUUACAUUUAAAUUGCAUAAGUAAACACAAAUCAGUUAGAUUUUUUAAUUCUUUAAGGUCAACUUAAAAUCUUUUCCAUACUCCCUGACACUAAAAAUAUAAUACAUGAGAUCUAUUUCAGUUUAGUCUAAAAUAAUCAUGUAAUUAAGUCUGUCUGGAAACUAGUUCAUUUGGACAAUAAAGUUAUUUUUGAAAUAUAAUUUCUGCUUCAUUUUCCGGAAGUUUAAAAUUACCACUUAACAUUUUUAACUCUUUACUUUUUUGUAAGUUGAAACUAUCACGUCUACAAAUUACUUUCAUUCAUUUUGCAGUUCAUACCAAGAUGUUUUUAAAUAUAUUGCAUAUGUUAUUAUGUCUUUGAGGUUUUAUUUCUAUUAUGUUGCUAAGGGAAAACUUUGGGAGAUUGAUCAAAUCGGUUUAUACAUAAAUCAAGGAAUGUCUUAUAAAAUUCUAUUUGAACACACUGUUCUCACUCUUUAUAUAUUUCUCAGAUAAUUGUUAUUGAAAGAAUGUGUACAUUUUAUGUAUGUUUUAUAACACACAAACUUAUGUCAUUUUGCUUGUAGAGGAUGUAUAAACUUCCAACAAUUCUAGUUUGGGAUCCAGAAGAAAAGGAAGCUUUCUUCCUCAAUUUAUUCUCUUUCUUUUUUACUCCUUCUGUUUUGAGGAUAUGUUUAACUUACAUGGACCAAGUUUCAAUCCUAUGUUUUUAAAUAAAAAAAAAAUUGCCUUCAAAACAUUACAUACUAACUUUCUAUGUUUCAGUAAGGUCAAGAAAAUAGCAAAUCUGAAUUUUUGCUGCUCAGAUAUUUUGGGAGAGGUAAAAAAGGAAUCUCCGUGGACAAGGACACUGGUACUUUGGGCUUUAGCCAUAUUCGUUUUUUUAAACCACCAAUUAUAUAAUGAGUAGAUAAUUUAUAACAUUGAACUUGUGAUUCUUCUGAAAUCACACUUGAAGGUUCAGCCGUACUCCUUUUGUGUUUGGUUUAAACUGUUGUAUGGAUGAAAAACCUAAAAGGGAUGAUAGUGUUUAUUUUUUAAUUUAUUUGGUACUGUAAAACACCUUUUCAGAAUGACUAAAUGCUGCAUAUGCAUUUUGGAAUUGUUAAUAUGUGAAAGAUAUUACAGUUUCAGCAAGAAAGGAAUUUGUGCUUCCUUGUUGAACAUUAAAUUAUUUUACUUUGCAUUUUAUAAGAGUACAAAUUAAAACUGAGCCAUUGAACUGCAAUAAAUCAACAAUAGUGUCUCAUUUCAAGAAGUUUUUUGUACUGUACAUAGAUUUGUUCAAUAAAACAUUGUUCUUAUUGGUAA